AUGGCUGUCGUAGCGACCAAUCCCAAGCGCAAAGUCGAAUGCUUGAACUUGCCGGUUUCGAAGAAACGCAGAUUCUCCUCUAGCAAAACCCCACUUUCUUCCUCUUCUUCUUCCAAUCCUACAAUGGCGACACGCUCUGCCUUUGCGUUUCACGCCCAUCGCAGAGGAUUUCUUCGAUUCAGAUCAUUGGCUUCUUCCUCCGUUUUAAAAAGGAAGAAAAAACAUAGAGAUUCCAAUGUUAAUGACCAAGAGGAGAAAAAAGUAGAUGAUACGAAGACCAUUCAAGUUUCUGAUAAACCUUUCCUACCGCUCAACGAGGAGGAAAAAGCUCAAGUCGAACGUGCCUUUUCUUGGAUAAAUAGAGAGAAGGUCUUGGUUUCGCAUAAACAAUCCAACCUUGAUAUUAUUGGAAAAUCUUUACAAUGCCUAAUGCCGUCUGCGUGGCUUAAUGAUGAGGUCGUCAAUUUCUAUCUCGAAUUGCUUAAAGAGAGAGAAGCUAGAGACCCCCAAAAGUACCUCAAGUGUCAUUUCUUCAACUCCUUCUUUUACACUAAGCUACUAGGCAGCUCUGGUUCUAAAUACAAUUACCAAGCCGUAAGGAGAUGGACUAUCAAGAGAAAGCUAGGAUAUGAUCUUAUUGACUGUCACAUAAUAUUUGUUCCAAUCCACGAAGGUACGCAUUGGACCCUGGCCGUGAUUAACAUCAAGGAACGCAAGUUCAUGUAUCUUGAUUCACUGGCUAUGGCUGUUCCUACCAGAAUUUUGAAUGCUCUGGCAAAGUACUUGGUGGAUGAAGUAAAGGACAAGAGUGGAAAAGAUAUUGAUGUUAGUUCGUGGGACAUUGUGUCCGUUGAAAACCUUCCUCAACAACAUAACGGGUACAUAAGGAGAAAAAUAUCUUCUAUUAAGGAGAGAAACGUAGCUAAACGAAUAGGGCAGCCAAUGAUUCUCAUAGUUUGCUACCUCGAUUGCGUCCGUGGUUAUCAAUCCCAACUGCAACUAGAACUGCUCUCUGAGGACAUGCCAUACUUCAGGUUAAGAACAGCAAAGGAGAUACUGAGACUGCAAGCCGACUAA